GAUCGACGGCCAGAUCUGGUGGGCCACCAUGGCGGCUUCGGUCAUUUGGUCAGCUCCGGCUCCGGUUCCUUCUCCUCGGCCCCCAGACUCAGCCACACGCCAGCUGGGGCCGCGGACUUCCAGCCGCCAUACUUCCCGCCGCCCUACCAGCCACAGCAAGCCAUGGACUUUCACCACCACCAGGUGGACCCUUACAGCCACGUCAACCCCUUCCAGCAGUCUAGCCAGCAUUACAACCAGCUCCACCCAUCAGACAGGGGCAUGCUGGGCCGCCGGGACGACCCGCUCAACAUGCACCCAGGGCUGGGCGGCUACGACAGUCGUCGCUCGGAUUACAUGGCCGGCUUGAGGCGCUCAGACAUUCUCCACCAUGGCUCUCAUCACGGCCUCGGCCUCGACCAGGAUCCAUCCCUGCUCAGUCUUCACGGCAACCCGCUGGGAGGUAUGGAGGAUGCCAGCCAG